AUGCUUCAGCUAAACCAGACACACUGCUUUCUAACUAAAAAUGUUUUACAACAAUGAUCGCUGGCAAGCUCCCAUGGAAUAAAAAAGGCUUGGGUAAUUUCACACUGUGGAGCUUCAGAGAUACCUAAGACAAGGCAUGAACGCUUGGCAACACAGAGGCCUCUAAGUUUAGGAAACAAAAAGAGGAGGGAAUAAGCAUGGGAGAAAGUGCAGCCUGCAUGACAUUCUGUCCCUGGGCACUCUCACAGACCUUGAGCUCCAAGAAAUAAUGCUUCCCCCUAAAGAAAAUUAUCUUGGCAAGACGCUGACAGGUUUGUUCAUUGGGCUGCUGAGCAUCUGCUCUCUGGGUCAGCAGAACAUCAGUUGUUUAAGGCACUGUGUCAAAGCACACUACUCACUUUCUUUUUCUUAAUUCACAACAAUAGUCCCAAGAAAAAGCAGGAGAAUGCCUCAGCAGAAGCUGAUUCCGAUUCACUUUGUGGAUGGAACAUGAGGAAAUUCUCUCUUCUCAUCUGAACUGAAAACACCUGAGGUGGGGAGGGCAAGAGACAGCUCGGAUCACAAAGCCCACUGGACCCCAGCAGCUGGUUUGCCUACAGCAAGGGAGGCCUGUUCCCGUCUCCCCGCGAGCUGAAGGCCUGCGCAGCCCUGCCUCGCCAACUGCCCCAGCCAAGGAGAACAAACCCUCGCAAACCACCUUGGCUUUGGCAGUGCCAACCACCUCCAGGCACACACGAUAACAGCUCAAGGUGAACGCUUCGGCCACCUGCCCCAGCCUGAGCACCACUGUUGACACAAACCCUGUCGCUGUAAAUAACAUGUUUAAGAAUCAAAGCCAUCUAAUCUUGUUCUUGCACUGCUCCUGCAGCCCCACGACACAGCACGGCCUGAUAACAGCGCUGGCCCCAGCUCGAGUGUUAAGGCCCAUUGUCAUGGUAUCAUUUUUUGUGAUACUGAUCUUUCCCAAGUUCUGAAAUGUUUGUCCAUCUUGGUUGACACAAGACUCGCAUGAGCUGAGAGGAGCAUAUAAAAAGGGGAAACGCUCUGCACCACAUCAGUUCUGGUCCACAAUGGCCAAGCUCACUUUGUUCACCGGUCUGGUCCUCCUGCUGAACGCCCACAUAGGCUCUGCCUAUGUGUUGUCAUGUUACUUCACCAACUGGGCCCAGUACAGGCCUGGACUGGGGAAGUUCAAGCCUGACAACAUUGACCCAUGCCUCUGCGACCACCUGAUCUACGCUUUUGCUGGGAUGAACAACAACGAGAUUGCGACUAUCGAAUGGGAUGACGUGACCCUUUACCAGUCUUUCAACGGCCUGAAGAACCAGAACAAAAAUCUGAAGACUCUCCUGGCAAUUGGAGGAUGGAACUUUGGGACAGCCAAGUUCUCCACAAUGGUGUCCACACCCGAGAACCGCCAGACCUUCAUCAAUUCUGUCAUCAAAUUCCUGCGCCAGUAUGAAUUUGAUGGGCUGGAUAUUGACUGGGAAUACCCCGGGUCCAGGGGCAGCACACCCCAGGACAAGGGCCUCUUUACCGUCCUGGUUAAGGAAAUGCUGGCAGCCUUUGAGCAGGAAGCCAAGCAGGUCAAUAAGCCCCGUCUCAUGGUCACCGCCGCUGUCGCUGCAGGACUCUCCAACAUUCAGUCUGGCUACCAAAUUGCUGAGCUUGGACAGUACUUGGACUACUUCCAUGUCAUGACUUAUGACUUCCACGGCUCCUGGGAUGGACACACUGGGGAGAACAGCCCUCUGUACAAAGGCCCAGCUGACACUGGUGACCUCAUCUACUCAACGUCGAUUCACGCUAUGAACUACUGGAAGAGCAAUGGUGCUCCAGCUGAGAAGCUCCUUGUUGGAUUCCCAAUAGGACACAGCUUCAACCUCCAGAGCGCAUCUGACACUGCUGUUGGGGCACCAACAACAGGACCUGGGACCAGCUGGACCUUCCACAAGGCAGUAGGAUUCUUGGCUUACUACGAGAUCUGCACAUUCCUGGACUCUGGAGCCACCCAGGCUUGGGAUGCCCCUCAGGACGUGCCCUACGCCUACAAGGGCAGCGAUUGGGUUGGCUACGACAACAUCAAGAGCUACAAAUCAGGUAGGAUUGACUGGCUGAAGAAGAACAAUUUUGGCGGUGCUAUGGUUUGGGCCCUUGAUAUGGAUGACUUCACCGGCACUUUCUGCAAGCAGGGCAAAUAUCCUCUCAUCACUACCCUGAAGAACGGCCUCGGCCAGCAGAACAGCGACUGUGUUGCUCCAGCUCAGCCCAACCCUCCAGUCACCGCAGCUCCAGCCCAGGGAGGUGGAAGUGGAAGCGGGAGCUCAAGUGGCAAUACUGGUGGUUCCAGUGGCAACACUGGAAGUUCUGGUGGGAGCGGUUUCUGUGCUGGCAAGGCCAACGGCAUCUAUGCAGAUCCAACCAACAAGAGCAACUUCUACAACUGCGAUGAUGGGCAAACCUACAUGGAGAGCUGCCAGAAUGGCCUCGUCUUUGAUACCAGCUGCUCCUGCUGCAACUGGGCAUGAAGACGCUGAUGCUAUUACGCAAACAAACCCCCCUGACCUAAUUGCACACAAUAAGAAUGAUUAAAUAAAGUGAUCUGC